UAGAAAAACUAGCAACAAUUUAUGUAGCAUAUUUAUUUUCUUAUUGGUAUAGCUUUAAAUAGUAAUUCGCGAACAUGUGUGUUAAUUGAAGUGACGUUUAUUAAAUAACAAAAAGAGUAGAAUGACCUGUGUUUUUUAUUUUCUUGUUUAAUAUAAUUGAACGCAAUGUUUCGGAGUCGAAGUUGGUUUGGUGCAUCUUGGGGAAGGCCUAAAAAUCCCCAUUCUUUGGAGAGGUUAAAAUAUCUACAUAACAUUCUGUCUAAAAACACAACCGUAUCAGAGAGUAACCGCGGUACCCUCGUGGAAUCUUUGAGAUGUAUUGCAGAAAUCCUGAUAUGGGGUGACCAGAAUGACAGUUCUGUGUUUGAUUUCUUUCUAGAGAAGAAUAUGCUCUCUUAUUUCCUUAAAAUAAUGAGACAAAAAUGUGGCGGAUCUUCUUAUGUCUGUGUUCAGUUAUUGCAGACAUUAAACAUUUUAUUUGAGAAUAUUAGGAAUGAAACAUCCUUAUAUUAUUUACUAAGUAACAACCAUGUUAAUUCAAUAAUAGUUCACAAGUUUGAUAUAUCAGAUGAAGAAGUUAUGGCAUAUUAUAUUUCAUUCUUGAAGACUUUAAGCCUGAAAUUAAAUAAUCACACCAUACAUUUCUUUUAUAAUGAGCAUACAAAAGAUUUCCCACUGUACACUGAGGCAAUAAAGUUUUUCAACCAUCCUGAAUCAAUGGUUCGAAUCGCGGUACGCACUCUUACAUUGAAUGUAUACAGGGUGCAGGAUGCCAGUAUGCUUCGGUUUAUAAGAGAUCGGACUGCAGCGCCUUAUUUCAGUAACUUAGUUUGGUUUAUCGGAAAGCAUAUAUUGGAACUAGACGCAUGUGUCAGAAAUGAUGCUGACCAUCAAUCUCAACAAAAAUUGGACGACUUAGUUGCAGAGCAUUUAGAUCAUCUGCAUUAUAUAAAUGAUAUUUUAUGUUUAAAUAUACCAGAUCUCAAUGAUGUUUUGACAGAACAUUUGUUACACAAACUGCUUAUCCCUUUAUACAUUUAUUCUUUAACUUGUGAACCGACUAAAAGACCUGUCACUUCGUCCCCUUAUAAUAGAGACCAUAUUCAAAGUAUAGAAGUUAUUACAAGAAACUUAGAAGCUAUUUUAAAAGGCAAAAACACUGAUAUACCAACAAGAAUGAACUAUCCUAUACAAAGAAUAGAAUCGGAAGAGGAAACUAAACCUUCAGUAUCUUGUGUCGUGGCUUUAUUCUUGUUAUCUCAAGUAUUCUUAAUCAUUACCCACGGUCCAAUAGUCCAUGCACUAGCCUGGAUUAUUCUGCAAUCAGAUUUAUCAGUAUUCGAAGAAGGUGCAACUAAAAUAUUAGAAAUGUAUCUAAGUAAAGCAAAAACUAAUGUCAAAUUGGAAUUCUCGAAACCACAAUUGAGUUUAGAGAAAGCUCUAGAAACAUCCGGACAAGAAAGAGAUUACACUACACCAGAGUACAGUGGUGCAAAAGCUUUUGGCUACGAUACAGAUCAUUCCAGUUGUGAUCUUGAUCCAGAACUUGUGUCGACUUCCCUACCUUCAACAUCACAUAUAAGUGAAACAUCAAGUAUAGCUCAUGACUCUACUGAAGAUCUAGUGACACAAAUACAAUCUAUUAAAUCUUCUAUAGUUUCAGCACAAAAUAUGCCCGAUUCACCAUUACCGGAUUCCGGUAUUGAUUCUAGCUCGUCUAAAACUAUGUCAGAUUUAAAUAAUAUUACCGAUGAAGAGAAACAGAAAUUGUUAGCUGUUAUACCCAGUACGUCAGCUGAAAAGAAUAUGCCUAUAGAAAAUAUUUUAGAGAUAGAAUUGAAAGAAAUUGAUAAAAGACCAUUCUUAAGGACGGUUCUAGAUUCUUUAGAUUGCAGUGAAAACGAUUACAAAGCGUUGUUCGCUUUAUGUCUGUUAUUUGCUUUAAUAAAUAACAAAGGAGUGAAUACUGAGCUGUUGGAUACGUUAUUAUGUCCUGAAGAAGAUACCACAUCAAGGAAUUCAAACGUAAGUGUUCAAGAAGAAGGAUCAGAUGUCGCUAGUGGACAAAGAGAUACUCCAGUGCGAACAAAGCAACCUCUACAAAGUUUCAAUGCACUUCUCAUAAAUAAGCUGAUGGCUAUCGCUAACCUCAGUUGUAAGCCAGCAUCCAAAGUGAGAUUGGUGACAUGCGAGCUGAGUGUGUGUUUGUUACGUAUGGCGCUGCAAGGUACGAGCGGGGUUCCAAGUGUACAUCACAUCGCCGCAGCGGAGACGUUACGCGCACGCGCAGCCGCAUUGGCUAGGAAUUUCUACAAGUGUGAUGAUAUCUUUCUAGAUAUGUUCGAAGACGAAUAUUGUGAAAUGAGCAAACGUCCAUUAAACGUUGAAUGGUUGUGUAUGGACGCCGCCAUUUUGUUGCCGCCCACUCGCACGCCCAUGUCGGGGAUUGCGUUCGCGAAACGACUGCCCAGCGGAGAGAUGGAGCGAGCUCGUCGUGCGAUACGAACUUUCUUUCUCAUCCGCGACUUGCACUUGAAGUUGAGUGGUCGCGCGGACACACAACUGCCGCUCGCCAACCCCGGACACUUCGUGCAGGUCGGCGACGUCCUCGACCUCAAUGAUUCAGAUCUGAUCUCAUGCGACAUAAUACAGAAGGACGGCACUUGGCACCAUAGGUUUCUGGCGGUGGACCAUUUCCAGAUCAUCUUGGUGGAGCCUGACAAGCAGAAGAUGGGUUGGGGCGUUGCCAAUCUCGUCGGCAGCUUGCAGGAUCUAGAAAUCCAAGGCGACAAGGAGGACCCUCGUUGCCUGCAGCUGACGGUGCACAAGCCGCGUGUGGGCGUGGGCGCGCCCCCCCGCACUGUGCUGCUGCGCGCUAAGUUCAAGUUUGACGACCACAUCCGCAGCAUGGCCGCAAAACAACGUCUCACCAAGGGUCGUACGAAAGCCCGUCAGAAGAAGAUGCAGCAGAUCGGGCGACUGCUGGAGGUGUCGGGCAUCUCCGCGCCCGCGCUCGCCACAAGACAUCGCCCGCUGUUCACAAGACCCGGUCUUUCCACCGUGCGAAGAUCUUCGGGUGGUGAGAGCGAGGAGUGCGAGCGGCGGCUGCGCAGACCGAGCGGACAUUUGCUUAAAGAUGGCAUUGUUGUGUACCGCGAGAGGACCAGCAGAGAGAGCAGUGUAUCAAGAAGCAGCAGUACUCAGGGGUCACGAGAGGGCUCUCCGCGUCCCCGAUCUGAAGAUAUACCUCUAGAAGAUAUCAGAAGGAACAUGGCAGCAGCAACGCCUGUCACAACACAGAGCCAACCGAGUACAUCGAGUCAACCUUUAAAAGUGGUUACAACAUCCUCUGAAGAAACUUCCUUCAUCUCUGGAGAGGUGCCGCGAUACAAAAGAAAGGGAAUAGUCGAGACCAUAUGAUAUUAGCCUUUAUUUCUAACACAGUAAGGUAUGAAAUCGAAUGUUUUAAGGAUUUAUGCAGAUUAUCUUCAUAUGAAGAAAAUAAUCUAUGCAAUAUGCUUGAUUCUGG